UCGCCUCGCCCGGUUCGCAUCCGGCCGUGUCUGCGGUCGGCCCCUGAUCCCGGGCGGGGUGGGGCUAAGCUGACCACCCUGACCCGUGGCUCCUCCUCUUUUCCUCCGUUUUUCCCUCUGUUGUGUCUCGCUCUGCAGCCCCUGUGAUGGUGUGGUGGCUCGAUUCUCCCAGUGCCUGGCUGAGUUUCGGACGUGGUUAAGAACCAACUGGUUGAGGUUCAAUGCAGACAAGACGGAUGUGAUGCUGGGUUUGAGAACUUCUGAUGGGCCAGUAAUUUCCAGAAUUUGGUAGAAAAUGUGCAUCAGAUGUUUAUAUUUAAUUGGUUUACAGACUGUCUGUGGACUCUUUUCCUGUCAAAUUACCAGCCAUCUGUUGAGUCUUCAAGUCCAGAAAUGGAUGAAAUGUUUGACAGCCCAUGAAAGUACAGGAGGUUCAGCAACAUCAGAUGACCAUGAAUUUGAUCCAUCAGCUGACAUGCUGGUACAUGAUUUUGAUGAUGAACGAACAUUAGAAGAGGAAGAAAUGAUGGAAGGAGAAACAAACUUCAGUUCUGAAAUAGAGGAUCUUGCAAGGGAAGGCGACAUGCCAAUUCAUGAACUUCUCAGCCUUUAUGGUUAUGACAGUACUGUUCGAUUACCUGAAGAAGAUGAGGAAGAGGAGGAAGAGGAAGAAGAAGGGGAAGAUGAUGAAGACGCUGAUAAUGAUGACAACAGUGGCUGUAGUGGGGAAAAUAAAGAAGAGAAUAUAAAGGAUUCAUCUGGUCAGGAGGAUGAAACUCAGUCUUCCAAUGAUGAUCCGUCGCAGUCUGUUGCUUCUCAGGAUGCCCAAGAGAUAAUCCGCCCACGUCGAUGUAAAUAUUUUGAUACAAAUAGUGAAAUAGAAGAAGAAUCUGAAGAAGAUGAAGAUUAUAUUCCAUCUGAAGACUGGAAAAAGGAGAUUAUGGUGGGCUCCAUGUUUCAAGCAGAGAUUCCAGUUGGCAUUUGUAGAUACAAAGAAAAUGAAAAAGUUUAUGAAAAUGAUGAUCAGCUCCUGUGGGACCCUGAGUACUUACCAGAAGAUAAAGUGAUUGUGUUUCUUAAGGAUGCCUCGAGGAGAACAGGGGAUGAGAAAGGAGUUGAAGCAAUUCCUGAGGGAUCUCACAUAAAAGACAAUGAACAGGCUUUAUAUGAAUUGGUUAAAUGCAAUUUUGAUACAGAAGAAGCAUUGAGAAGAUUAAGAUUCAAUGUAAAAGCAGCAAGAGAGGAAUUGUCUGUAUGGACAGAAGAAGAGUGCAGAAAUUUUGAACAAGGGCUGAAGGCCUAUGGAAAGGAUUUUCAUUUGAUUCAGGCUAAUAAAGUCCGAACAAGGUCAGUUGGUGAAUGUGUAGCAUUCUAUUACAUGUGGAAAAAAUCUGAACGUUACGAUUUCUUUGCGCAACAAACACGAUUUGGAAAAAAGAAAUAUAAUCUUCAUCCUGGUGUAACGGAUUACAUGGAUCGUCUUCUGGAUGAAAGUGAAAGUGCUGCUUCUAGCAGAGCACCAUCCCCUCCCCCAACUGCUUCAAACAGUAGUAACAGCCAAUCUGAGAAAGAAGAUGGCACUACAAGCAGUAGUAAUCAAAAUGGGGUAUCAUCUAAUGGACCAGGUGAAAUAUUAAACAAAGAAGAAGUAAAAGUAGAAGGGCUACACAUAAAUGGACCAACAGGUGGGAAUAAGAAGCCACUUCACGCAGAUAUGGAUACUAAUGGUUAUGAAACAGAUAACCUUACCACUGACCCCAAACUUGCCCAUAUGACUGCAAGAAACGAAAAUGAUUUUGAUGAAAAAAAUGAGAGACCUGCCAAAAGGCGAAGGAUAAACAGCAAUGGAAAAGAAAGUCCGGGUUCUUCUGAAUUUUUCCAAGAAACAAUGUCACAUGGAAAAUUUGAAGAACUUGAAAACACAGAUGACUAAAUUUUAAACCUAUUUUACUUUGUUUGGAGUAAACUCUGGUGUGACUAAAAUUUUCAGGGUUGAUGGGUUACCUUAAAAAGUUGAUUUCCUUGAUGCAGUUAGUGAAAACUUGAAAAUUUGAAUUGAGUCCUAACUUUAGAAAAUAAGGUUUCAUAAUCCUGCCUUUUGUGAAUUUUUUUACUUUAAAAUAGUCAAAAACCCUUUUAAGGAUAUAAAAAAUAGUUUAACAAAUUUGAACUAAAAUAUAUAUAUAUUCUGAUUUGAUAUAUUAAUCAUAAAAUUUCACUACAAGGUAAUUUUUGCUUAGUUUGAUACAGAGGAGUGCAGAACACCAAAUUCAAAUUUCUGCUUAACACCAAUUUUUCUGAGUUGCUUCAAAUAUCUUUAUAGAUAUUCUUCUCUCCAUACAAAUUGAACAUCAUUAUUUAAGGAAACCCUUAUGAAUCCUGAAAGUUAUGCUAGCAUGAUUUUUUAUAUAUAGAAGUUUAAAAAUAAACCAAGUCAGGUUUGUAUAUGUAAAAUUGUUGACAUCAAUGAUGUCUUUCCAUAUUCUUAUCUGGGCUUAAGAAAUACAUUCUGUAUUUUUCCAGAUUCUUUGUAGCCUUUGAAAGAUUUUUACAGUACAUAUGUCUUGACUGAGCUGUCCUUUCUUAAUACAAAAGCUUGUAUAAUUUUCUUAACUUGUACAGUUGGUAAACUUUUAUGAGAGGAAUUGAUAUUCUGAGUCUGUCAGCUUUCAUUUUAUUUUGCUAAGGUUUUUCUAAUGAAUUUUUAAGUGUUUGUGUAGUAACCAAGUCAUGUUUCUUAUCCAGGUAGUAAAAGCGUUCAUAAAGGAUUGUGAAAUUUUUUUUCCAAAUUUCUACAUAAAGAUGGAUAAUUUGAGAAUUCUGAAAUUGAAGCAUGAUGCUUAGAUUGCAGUUUGUUUUGCAUUUGCUAUAAUUUUCAGAGUUAUUUUUGAAGCAGAAGUUUAAUGUCUGUUUAAAAUACUUAAAUGUGUCAUGCUGACCAGAAUCCGGUUGAGUUAUUUUUAUAUGCAUUAUAAAAUUUCCCAGUUUCGCAUUAGACAGAGGGGAACAGGUCAAGUGAUACUUAGAUUUUGGCACACACAAGAAGUAAUUGUUGGCAGAUGAUACUGAUUUUUAUGAGGAACAUGAGAUGAAGUUUGAAAAGUUUGCAGACGUUCCUGUUACAAUCCAGUUUUUCAGAUUUGAUAGUGUUUUUCCAAAAUGAAAAGAAGAUACAUAGUAACCACUGCUCUGUGUGAUUAUGAAUAGGAUUAUCCAUCUUCAUAGCCUUGUAAGAGUACCACUUUAUUUUUAGCGCAAAAUUCUUAUUAAAAAAUGUAGUUUUAUACAGCUAGCUGAUAGACCAAUCUAUAUCCAACUUUUAUAAAAUAUUAUUAACUCUUGUUUUUCUCACACAGGCAUACCCUAAUGCUUCUUUGAUUUAUUUUCAGCCAUCAGUUCAAGAGCCACUGCCUUUUGAAAAUAAAUCUCUGGUCUUACUUUUAAUGGCUCAACUAUCUAAUUCAACUUAGGAGAGAUUUGCACUGAGAAAUUAUUGUUUAGACCUUACCCCCAUGAAGUAUUAUUGUUAACAUAUGUUCAGACUGCUUCCUUCACGAAUGUGAACAACUUUUUUUCCCAAACAGUGUUAAAAGCCACUUUACAACACUUGACUUCAUAAAGUAUACAUUCACUGUCAUUAUAUGCAUAUCCAAGUAAAUCAAAGUUUUGGGUGGAAGUGUUGAGAAACGUGAAUUUUUGUUGUUGUUUUGUUUUACUUAAAACAUUAAUUUAUCCAGAAUAGCAGUUUUACCAGAUGAUCACAAUCCAUUUUUUAAAUCAAAUUUUAUUAAAUGAAUCCAAAGCAUCCUAGCUGUUUGUCAAAGAUAACUACAGAAAUGUUUCAAAAGAAUGGUGAUGCUGUACUUUUCAAACUUUGCAAUAUUAGAAUUUCCAUUUUUACCUUUUAUUAAAAGAUGAAUUUUUGUUUGCAGGUUUUUUUAAAAUUCUUGCAAACUAUUAUAGGAAUGUUUUAAGUAAAUUCUCAGGCAUGUUUGCAAAUACGGCACAUGUAUAAAUGUUAGGAAAUUUUACUUUAUUGUCUUUUUAAAGUAUGCCUAAAGACAUUCCACUAUGAUACAUAAUUCUCAGCUUUUCAUAAAGAAAUAUUUAAUUGUAUUUUGUGUUUAUACAGGUAUUUUACAUAGUACUUUGUUCAUAAUGCAGCCACUAGAACUUGAUAAGUCAUUGCACUAUUUAAAAAUGUUUAGUAAUAUCAUGAAUUUAAUUUGCUUAACAUUUAGUACAUUUCAUAACCUUUGAACUCUUGACAAAUUGCAUUGGGAAAAGAAGCUUUUGUUAAUAGUUACUUAGACUGCCACCCCAUCCCCAAGCCUGGCAAAGCACUAUCAUUCUCAUUUGGAAUGGUUUUCUGUUUCCUGAUGUGUUUUUAAACAGAGUUCAGAAUCUGCAACUCAGUUCAGUACAAAUCUCUUGACCUUUAAAAUGUAUUUGAAGUAAUAUUUAAAUAGGAAUUUAAAAUUAUGAAUUAGAUGUUUUUAAAUUUAUGCAUAGUAAUUUUGCACUGUAAAAUAAUUCCCUUCUCCCAUUCCCUGUCUGCCAUUCUGAAUAUGCUUAUUAAAAUAUUUUUUUAAACA